GCAGGAUGUUUUGCGUCUGAGCGCAGCAGGAUUAAAGUGUUAACUGGACACAGGUGGUCGAUAGAGAAGGGCGGAUACAUUACUGUGGACACUUGGUCAAACGAAAAUGUCCUCACCACCGUUCAGACGGAAUAGUUGCCGUGGAGCUGCGUGUGGAAGCCGGGCAUCAUCUGAGUGCCAUGUCCGCCGCCGGGGCUCCAGCUGUUCCUACUUUUCCCCCGGAGCGCAGUCUGAGGACUUUUCCGUCAGUCUGAGCCAGCCGAUAUUCACUAUAACGCUCCGGUUUCUGCUGGCGAUAGACCUGUGGCUGUCCAAGAGGCUCGGGAUGUGCGCCUGUGAGGAGUCUCCAUGGGGCAGCAUACGGCCCCUGGUGCGGCUGCUGGAGUUCUCCGGUCAUGUCAUCCCGUGGCUCAUCGGCACUAUAUACACCCUGCUCCACGGAGAGAGUGUGGAGGAGCAGGAGAUCAUGCUGAAUCUGGCCCUGGCUCUGUUAUUGGACCUGCUGUUAGUCAGAGCUGUGAAGACUGUGGUCAGACGGCGCAGGCCCGCCCAGAACCGCUCUGACAUCCUCUCCGCCUUCUUCGUGGAGCGCUACUCCUUCCCCUCGGGCCAUGCCACACGGGCGGCCAUGUGUGCCCGCUUCCUCCUCGCCCAGCUAGUGGACACAGCCUCCAUGCGGGUCCUAGUAGUAGGUUGGGCCGCUCUGGUGAGCCUGUCCCGGCUGCUGCUCGCCAGACACUAUGUGACAGACGUGGGCUUUGGCUUGGCUAUGGGUUACUGCCAGUAUAGUCUAGUGGAGAGGUUGUGGGUGACCUGGGACUGCCUGCAGGACCUGCUGCUCCUGCGACUGACGGAGAGGCUCAACAGGGCUUAUGAUGGACUCUGGAUGGCAGAUUGGAAACAUUAGAGAGAAUGAAGAGGACAUUUUGAAAUGGAUGGUUCGGGUAGUCACUGGCAGGUUGUAGCAUAUCCCAUAAAGAUGCACAUGUAGCGUGUUUGCACAGUGUUGAUGAUGCGUGGACGAGUUCUUACAAUGCUGAAACCAAAGUUGAAUUCAAUAGGAGCCUUUUUUUCUUAAUAA